UCCGUAACUCCUCCUCCAGUUCAAUCUCGGAUGUUGUCCGUGGCAACUGCCAGGGACGCUCUCGGAGCCACACACAAGCGAGAAUUUUUGACAGAUAACGGCUAUAAAUUAACAUAUAACUUGGUGGUUUAGGCAACUCUUGUUGGGAAAACAAAUCCGUGUCUUGAUAUGUUGUUUAGAGGAGCGCCGUUGAAGGUUUUAGCUAAGUUUGGGUAAUGUAUCCAAGCUGACCGAGGUGGUAAAAUCCAAAAUGGAUGCCGCCUGGAGAGUAUAUGUCGAGCUAGCUUCCGAAAUGUAAGAUACCUCAAAAAAGGAACACCUCGGAUACUGCGUUGGGAAGGAAAGACGCUUUUGAGGGUACACUGAGAACAUGGCGGUGUAUUUCGACUACCGCGUUGAGACCCCUGAAAAUUGCGAGGAGCCCAUUCAGUUGAUUUGGCACUCAACUCUGUCCAUACUGGCUGUGGCCUCGCGAAACUCCACCACUGGAGGAAAUGUUAACAUCUACUUACAGCAGGGCGAGCGUGUGGAGAGCUGUCACGUUGAGCGUCCUCACCGUCCCACAAUGCUUUGCUGGCAUCCCAUAAAGCCCGUGUUGGCUCAGGGUUGGGAGAAUGGCGAGGUGCUGCUUCUAUUGCACCCUUCCGGAGACCAAAAUGUCCUGCCGAGCACGCACACGGCACGCAUCACGCUGUUGGAGUGGAGUAGCUCGGGAAGUCGCUUGGUGACUGGGGACCAGAGUGGUGCUUUAGCUGUUUGGAAGGUGGAUGCCAGAGGGAGACUUCAAGGGAACCAUCAAGUGAAGCAUGGAUACAACUCCCCCAUCACUUGCUGCUUAUUCAAACCUGCUCUGCCUGGAGACGACGUGAAAAUGCUGGCUCGUGCGUCAGUGAGUGGAGAUGAGAACGCUUUGGACAUGUUCAGCUGGAAGGGCGCGCCUCUCAAGAUGGGGCCGCAGGAGGGCCUUGCUUUUUACGUCAGCACUGCAGAUGGUAAGGUGCACAGCGUGGAUGAGCACGGGAAAACAAGCAUGCUCCUCAGGAUGGAUGGUGCCAUCAGAAAAAUGUACUACCUGGAGACCAGGGAGGUUCUUACUGUGAUCACUGACAGUAUGAUGCUGUCACAGUACACUCUGGGACCAGAGGGGGAUGCCCAGGAAUUUCAAAAGGUCAAGCUGAGCAGUAAAAGUGGGCAAAGCGUGGACAUCGUAUGGGCGCACAAUGGUCUUGUUAUCACAGCGACAGGGGAGCAACUUCUCAGGCUGUGGGAUCUCGAGCGAAACGAAAACUACACCUUGUCACUUGAUGAGAAGCUCGGCUUUGAGAGCGGCGAGAUGAUCAACUGUGUUUCCUAUUGUGCUGGGAAAGAAAUUCUGGCUGCAGGUACCAGUCACGGACGCGUAGCAAUGUGGAAAAUGACGCUGCUUUCGGAGCGUAGCAGAAGCGACACAAAAGCCCAGUGGAAGCUUCAGACGCCCACGGAAAUCGAAGGAAACGUUACUCAACUGCAGUGGGGCACCAAUCUGAAUCUGCUGGCGGCCAACAAUUCCAACACGGUGGUGAUCCUGCACGAGCACGUGAUGUCAGCCCACUGUAGCCAGCAGGUGGCAGCGGUGCAGUUGACGCCGACCCAGCUCAGCAUCACUCAGUUCCACACAGGCCUGCACUUGGCUCUGCAGUCCGAAAUGCAUAUCAAGGGCGUGUGUGUGACAAAGGAUUCUGCCACAGUUUGGAGUGGCAAACAGGUGACUGUGUUUGAGAUGUCGGGGGCUGCCCUACAUAAUAAAGGAUCAUUCCCUUGUGACUCUCAUGUAGUAGCUGUCCAUGGUAGGAACCUUUACAUGGUGGAACCGAACAGAGUCCAGAUCCGCACACCGCAGGGCACAGUGAAGCAGCUCUUGACUUUCUCCAAGGCUGAAGGCAACCCAGUUCUGCUCAGCGUGUGCCAGUCUUACCUGGUGGUCGGCACAGACACAUCGCAUAUCCGAGUUUUUGAUCUCACCCUGAGAGAUGCUAAAGCUCACUGCAAUGCCAAGAACCUGGCUGAUCAGAUUCCCAAUUUGGGAGCCCUGCGUUCAGUCAAGUGUAACGCCAACGGUAGCCAAGUCAGCGUUUUAAUCAAACAGGUGAACGGUCGACCCGACCAGAAAGUCUACUUCUAUGACAUUGAAAUGGACACCGUCACACACUUUGACUUUUUCACUGGCAGACCAUCCAGUGGUAUCUCACAGCCUGAAGACUGUGAAAGACAGCAGUUUCAGGAGAGCGAGCUUAGGGGCCGAUGCCCCGUAUCGCACUUCUGGGACGAGAGCGAACCGCGACUCUUUGUGUGUGAGACGGUGCCGGUCAGCUCCGAAACCUCCUCCUCUGGUUACUGGGAGACGGUGGACGUGUCGGUGGUUACGCUCUUCUGUACUCAGGAACACGGCCUCCUUUUGCAAGACUGCUACCACAAACCAGCAGGCCUGCAAGCCCUCCUUGCUCUUGACGUGCCUUAUUAUUAUUUUAGCUGCAAGGAGGUUUCCGCCACAUCAGCACCAGCAAAUAAUGGCCAGCCAUCACGGGGCUCCGUUGCCCUCUUCCCCCAAAUGGUCUCCAGGCGAGCGCUCAGGGACUUUGAAGGCCUGGAGAACUGUGACAAGUCCACACGCGACGCCAUGCUCAACUUCAGCUUCUACCUCACCGUCGGCCACAUGGACGAAGCCUUCAAGUCCAUCAAACUCAUCAAGAGCAAAGCAGUUUGGGAAAACAUGGCACGCAUGUGUGUGAAAACCCGCCGGUUGGACGUCGCCCGAGUGUGCCUUGGCAACAUGGGAAAUGCCAGGGCAGCCAAAGCGCUAAAGGAGGCCGAGGCAGAACCGGAGCCCGAAGCCCACGUGGCAGCUUUGGCCGUCCAGCUCGGCAUGCUGGAGGAUGCCGAAAAAUUAUACAAAAGCUGUCAACGCUAUGACCUUCUCAAUAAGCUCUAUCAGGCGGCCGGUCAAUGUGAGAAAGCGCUAGAAAUUGCCGAGAAUCAUGAUCGCAUUCAUUUACGCACCACCUACUACAAUUAUGCCCGUUAUCUGGAAUCCAUGGGUGACAAAAACUUGGCCCUGGAGAAUUAUGAGAAAUCCGACACCCACCGAGUGGACGUGCCCAGAAUGCUUCAGGAUGACCCUUUGUCUUUGGAAAUCUAUGUUAACAGGAUGAAAGACAAGAACCUCUACAAGUGGUGGGCCCAGUAUUUGGAGAGCCAGUCUGAAAUGGAUUCAGCUCUGGACUUCUAUGAGUCGGCUCAGGAUUACCUCUCGCUGGUUCGAGUUCACUGCUACAUGGGGAACGUUCAGAAGGCAUGCGAGAUAGCCAUCGAAACAGGGGACAGGGCAGCGUCCUACCACCUGGCUCGGCACUACGAAGGUCACGAGGACAUCAAACAAGCCGUUCACUUUUACACUCGAGCUCAGGCCUACAACAACGCCAUACGCCUCUGUAAGGAGAAUGGUCUGGAUGACCAGCUGAUGAACCUGGCUCUGCUUAGCAACCCGGAGGACAUGAUGGAGGCCGCCUGUUACUAUGAGGAGAAAGGGGUCCACAUGGACCGAGCGGUUUCGCUCUACCACAAAGCUGGUUACGUCUCCAAAGCCCUGGAAGUGGCCUUCGCCACAGAGCAGUUUGCAGCACUUCAGAUGGUUGCCGAGGACCUGAAUGAAAGCUCGGACCCUGCCCUCCUGGCGCGCUGCUCGGAAUUCUUCAUCCAACAUUCUCAGUACAAAAGGGCUGUGGAGCUGCUGAUUGCGGCCAGGAAGUACCCUCAGGCUCUGGAGCUGUGUGUAAAUGAGAACCUGACCAUCACAGAGGAGCUUGCUGAGAAAAUGACCGCCGUCGAUUCGAAAGACUUGUCGGAAGAGGCUCAUAAGCAGCUGCUGGAGAAGAUAGCCGAGUGCUGCGUGCGUCAGGGAAACUACCACCUGGCCUCCAAGAAAUUCACUCAGGCCGGAAACAAACAAAAAGCAAUGAGAGCUCUCCUGAAAUCAGGCGACACGGAGAGGAUUGUACUUUUUGCCAAUGUUUGCCGUCAGAAGGAACUUUUCAUCAUGGCUGCCAACUACCUCCAGUCGGUAGACUGGAAAAAUCCAGGGAUCUUGAAGACCAUCAUUGCUUUCUACACAAAAGGGAGAGCGCCGCACCUGCUUGCUGGCUUCUAUGAAACCCGGGCACAGGUGGAAAUCGACGACUAUCAGAACUACGAGAAGGGUAUGAAUGCUUUGAGCGAGGCACUUAAAUGCCUCUCCAAAGUAAAAAACUCAGACGGACAACAGGAAACCAAACUGACCGAGCUUCAGCGAAAAAUCGCCCUCAUUAAGAAGUUUAUCCACGCACGCAAGUUGAAAUCCGAAGAUGCUGAGGAGGCACUUAACAUUUGUGAAGGCUUACUGAAGGAACCCGAGUUGGACGCCGCUGUCAGGGUCGGGGAUGUUUUCGGUUUCCUGAUCGACCAUCACUGUCAGCAUGGCAACUACAAAGCUGCCUACAGCAAGCUGGAGGAGCUCCAGAAUGUGGUUCCAUCACAAAACAUCCGAUACUAUGUUAAACAGGCCAGCUUGGACGCCCUGCACAAGCACAUGGGUCUCACUAUGAAUUCUGGGGACCACAGAAAUAACGAGAAAGAGGAAGAUGAAGUGGAAGAGGACUUGAAUGAAAUCACGUGAAUGAUGUCAGACUUUAAAACAGAAGAAUUCACCGGGUGGCGCUGUUGUCCACGUAUCCAAGCCAUGCAGACAGUUGCUUCCUCAUGCCCACAUGACUGAAAUAUAAUAACGAAAAAUAUAUACUAUACCAGCCGAAUUGAUUUUCUGUGCACAAAAUGUUCCGUGUGUAGAUAAAUGUUUUGAUGCUUUUCUACAAAGAAAAUGGGUCAUUUUGUUGUGAAGACUACACGUUGUGGUGUAUUCAACCUUGGCAACAUUUCGCUGAAGGACACACGGUGAGUAUCAAAUACUCUGCAGCACUUACUGAAGAAAUUGUCAAUAUGGAUCCACAAGAGUCUUGGUCAUGUUCAAAUGAAGUUGGUGACCAAAUUCAAGAGGAAAACGUGAGUCGGGCAUUUUGCAUAUCGAUACAAUCGUGUCUGCCUAAUUUGAUUAUCCAAAUGUAGCCCCAAGUCAAGAAUGAGGAACUUUCCAUUAAAGUAGACUACCUGGACAGCACCUCGGGAACCAUAAGGAGAUGCUGGACUACUUGAAGUAAAGGCAACUCGGGGAGAAGAUGUGGCAGUCGUCAAAACGCCGACCCGUUUGACCAAUCAGCGAUGAGUGUCGUAUUUCUGUAUUUUGAUAUGUGACGAAUGUCAUCAACUGUUCACGAAAACUGAACCUUCAGCAGGAUGCCAAAACCGGAGCAGAUAUUCCAAGAAUCCCGGUUGGUCUUGAGAAGCAGCUGAAGAAGAUAACGGAUUCCACAAUGGGGAUCUCCAACACUUCUCACCAUCAGAGCAACAGGUGUCCCAGUUGCAAGAUAACAAACAUCUUGACAGGUCGGAAGGUCACACGAUUAUUUUAGUGACUACUUUUAGACAAAAUAUCAAGUUAGACAUUCUGGUAUAAACAAGAGAUUGGCCGCACUUAGCAAACAUUAAUUAGCUACAUAUUUUUUUCUUUUGCAGAUAUUUUGCAGAACAAAAAAUAUCCUAAUCUAGGAAGCAAUAUCUGUUAUUUUAAGUACGCUACCAAUGCUUUUCCAAGAAAAUGAUAGAAUCCAUUAGAAAAAAAUAAAAGUACCCCCCCCCCCUCCC